CCAUCCCCGCCUCGCUGCCCGGACGCCCCCACUGUUCCGGGAUGGGGGGAGCGCGGGGCCAUUCCCCCGCUCCCGGUGGUGUCUCCCAGGCUGGCGGUUCGGCGCAUGCGCGGGGCUGGGGUGCGCAGUCACGGCGCUGGGCCGUUCCCUCGCAGCCUUCGCCGCUGGGCCCUGGCCCUCGCCGUUGCCCCGCCAUGGCCGACCCGCGUCUGAGGCAGAUCAAGAUCAAGACCGGCGUCGUAAGGCGAUUGGCAAAAGAAAAAGUUAUGUAUGAAAAAGAAGCAAAACAGCAAGAAGAAAAAAUUGAAAAAAUGAAAGCCGAAGCAUGUGAUGAUUACGGAAUUAAGAAGCAGAUCGAGAUCUUACAAGAGUCACGAAUGAUGAUUCCAGACUGCCAGCGCAGAUUAGAAAUUGCACAUGCAGAUCUUAGUCAACUACUAGAAAAUGAAAAAGAAUUGGAAGAAGCUGAAGAGUAUAAAGAAGCACGUUCCAUACUGGAGUCAGUGAAGCUGGAAGCCUAGAAGUUUUUUCAGUAGUCUCUUUAUAUGCAUUAGCACUAGGUGCAUUCCACACUUUCACUAUGGCUCUAUUACUAUUGUUGACUUGCUAAGGUUCCCUUUAUGCAAACUGGCCUUUCUCUAUCUGCAAGAUUCAUCAAAUAAAGGACAUUCUGAAACUCUGUGUGUUCCAUAUUCAGGCAAAAUGGAAACAGUUCCAGUUCAUAUCAACUACAAAAAGGAAAAAUAAAACAAUUUAAUGUAAGCUUAAUAGUGUAAUAGCUAAUAUACAGAACUGAGUCUGAACAAUUCAGGCUAAGAAACAAAGUUUGGCUAUGUAAUUAAUGCGAGGGACCAAUAACUCCUUUAGAAUGAAAUAGAAUCAUAAUGUAGUUUGAGCUAGAAGGGACCUUAAAGAUUCAUCUAGUUCCAACCCCCUGCCUUGGGCUUUAGAAGCACCUUAUAUUUGAAAUAAUUUCAAGCCAUUAUAGCAUAACAAUCUGUACUGAAAGAAGAGAUGGAUUAAAUGAAACUUCAAAGUCACCCAUCUUUUUUUUCUAUGAUGCAUUUUAUCUGUAAUUUUAUCAAAUAUUUCUUCCUUCUUUAUCUUUGACCCUAAGACAGAAUUAGGAGCUGAUUCCAAAUCUCUGUCAGUUUGUCAGGCAUUGAUUUGUAGAGCCCAAUUCACACCAUUAGGACUGAUCAAACUUACGUUACUUUUUCAAGAAACAGAAUUUAACAGCUGACUAGUAUGUUGUCAGUUGUAUCUGCUGGUCAGAGUUCUGGACUUAAUGCUUUUCCUGAAAGCACCCUGGCGUAAAUGAGGUGGGUUAUUGUUGGGGUUUUUGUUUGGAUUUUUUUGUUGUUGUUUUGUUUUUAAACUAAGCAGAAACCCCAGAAGAUGAAGAACUAAUGGGUAAGGGAACAAUGUUUAAUCUGCCCAGAAGACCAUUAAAACAUUAUGUACAAAAGCUAUGGCUCUUUCAGAAUAGCUUCUCUAAACUGCGAACAGUAGCGCUGCUGAUGAACAAGCACGCUUUUUACACUUGUUUUUCUAGUUUGAAAGUGCUCUGGUAUGUUUCCUAAAAGCAACACAAAGCACAGUGUACCUUUGGUGUGGUGCUAUAUUGAAUACUCAAUAAAAUUUUUUGUUAAUUUCCCUGAUUUGGGGUAAA